UAUCUGGUAGUCUUCCUACUGCUUUCCUUCGCGGUCUUCGCUUUCUCCGUUGCCGUUCGCGGUGGUUCCCAAUCCACUCAUCGCCGGAGGAGCCCGCGACGACUUUCAUCUCUCAUGAGGAUCAACAAUCGCCUUACUUGUCAAUCCGCUUGAGGAGCUAUGUUUCUCUGAUAGUGUUCAGCUGGUUCCUGGAUUAUUUCUGUGGAGGGUAGAUCAUAUAUCAUUUAUUAGUCUCUGUGUUUCAAAUAUGUUUGACGGUGGACAUAAAGCUCAAUAUAUGGACGGUCAAAGAGAAAAGUUUGUGAGGCUUGAAGAGUCAAGUCCUGCGUUGUCAUUUUCCUCGGAUACGGAUAGAAGGAAUAGAGGCACAUUCAAUGUUGAGGGAUUUGGUCAAGGAUCACACACCUCAUUCAAAUUCAUAAGGGGAGGAGUGAGAAAGGGAUCUGAGGGUCUUAAGUUUCUUGGCAGGUCACUUAGAUUUGGUGCUUCUAGGGAAGUUUUUCCUGAAGACCUCAAGGUUUCUGAGAAGAAGAUUUUUGAUCCUCAAGAUAAAUUUCUGAUUAUAAUGAACAGGCUUUUUGUCAUAUCAUGUAUUCUUGCAGUAGCAGUGGAUCCUUUGUUUUAUUAUCUUCCUAUAAAAGAUGAAAAUUCGAUAUGCCUAGGAAUAGAUCGGAAGUUAGCUGUUGCAUCUACUACCUUGCGGACGAUCAUUGAUUGUUUCUAUCUUAUUCGGAUGGCUCUUCAAUUUCGUACUGGUUACAUUGCCCCAUCAACCCGAGUGUUUGGCAGAGGUGAACUUGUAAUUGAUCCAGCACAGAUAGCAAAACAUUACUUGAGAAGCAACUUCAUUAUUGACUUCCUGUCUGUCCUACCACUCCCACAGAUUGUAGUUUGGAGGUUUCUUCAUAGAAAUAAAGGAUCAGAUGUACUGGCUACAAAAAAUGCGUUGUUUGUUAUUGUUCUGCUUCAGUAUAUCCCUAGAUUAUUCCGCAUUAUUCCUUUAACAUCAGAGUUGAAAAGGACUGCUGGUGUCUUUGCUGAAACUGCUUGGGCUGGUGCUGCAUAUUAUUUAUUGUGGUUCAUGCUAGCUUGCCAUGUUGUUGGUUCUUUCUGGUACUUGUUGUCUGUUGAGCGAGAAGAUGAUUGUUGGCAGUCAGCUUGUAAGCAACAGAAUGACACGUGCAUCACAAAUUACUUAUAUUGUGGCAAUGAAGAUCUUGAUGGUUUUCUCAAGUGGAAUGCCAGCUUUAUUCUGGAGCGAUGUAAUGCUGAUGAUAGCAAUAAUGCUUUUUUCCAAUUUGGAAUCUAUGAGCAGGCUUUGACUUCGGGUAUUGUGGCAUCUAACCAUUUCAUUUCCAAAAUUGCUUACUGCUUCUGGUGGGGAUUGCAGAAUGUAAGUACGCUAGGCCAAGGGCUGCAAACGAGCACUUAUCUCGGGGAGGUGAUCUUCUCAAUCAUCAUCGCUGUUCUUGGACUUGUACUGUUUGCCCUCCUUAUUGGUAAUAUGCAGACAUAUCUUCAAUCGAUGACGAUACGGCUUGAAGAGAUGCGAGUUAAGAGGCGUGACUCAGAACAGUGGAUGCAUCACCGUAUGCUACCACCAGACCUCAGACAGCGUGUCCGUCGAUAUGAUCAGUACAAGUGGUUGGAGACGAGAGGUGUGGAUGAAGAAGGUUUGGUUCAGAGCCUUCCCAAGGAUCUUCGGCGGGAUAUCAAGCGUCAUCUUUGUUUAGCGUUGGUUAGGAGGGUUCCUUUAUUUGAGAAGUUGGACGAGCGUUUGCUAGAUGCAAUUUGUGAAGGACUCAAACCUAGUCUGUACACAGAGAACACAUACAUUCUGAGAGAGGGGGAUCCUGUGGACGAAAUGCUCUUCAUCAUUCGUGGGAGCUUGGAGAGCAUAACUACUGAUGGAGGAAGAAGCGGGUUCUUCAACCGAACUCUUCUUCAAGAGCGUGAUUUCUGCGGUGAGGAGCUCUUGACCUGGGCACUAGAUCCAAAGUCCGGUGGCAACCUACCAACUUCCACGAGGACCGUGAGAGCACUGAAUGAAGUUGAAACAUUCUCACUGAAUGCUGAUGAACUCAAGUUCGUGGCGAGCCAGUUCAGACGUCUCCACAGCCGGCAAGUCCAGCAUACAUUUCGAUUCUACUCACAGCAAUGGAGGAUGUGGGCAGCUUGCUUCAUCCAAGCCGCGUGGAGACGCUAUGUCAAGCGGAAGAUGGCCGAGCUUAUGCAGAAGGAAGAAGAAGAAAGACGGAGAAAUAACUUGGUGAAAGGCACCACAAGCCUUGGUGCGGCUAUCUACGCAUCGAGAUUCGCUGCCAACGCAAUGCGAGGUGUUCAUCGGCUUCGGAACAGGAGGGCCCUUGGAUUGGUGAGGUUGCAAAAACCACCCGAGCCUGAUUUCACUGCAGAAGGCGCCGAUUGAAUCCAAUUCCCUGUCAGAGAUGUGUGCACGAGGUAAUUCUAUAUUCACUUAGCUUAUAAGGGAUUGAUAACUCUGCCUGAUUUUCCAAGUAUUUGUGUUUCAUAUUUAGAAUGAUAAAGUAGUAUACAAGUGUGCCUAGACUAGAGAUGUGAUGAUUGAUUCAUUAGCUUCAGGUUUAAUUGUAAAUCAUCUAUUAAUAUUACAAAUCCACAAUCCAACACUAA